CUCUUUGCGUAACUCUAUAUAUAAUAGACUCUGGACUGAUCCAUAAAUGAUAAGAACAUUGUUUUGUUUAUGCAACUGAUAACGAGUGCACAAAAGUCUUCCAAAAAUAAUAACUAUAUCUAUUCCACGGUUGAUUGUUGCAUUAUUUAACUUAUUUUUUAAUAAUCAAGGUAAUUAUUAUACAUCAAACAUGUAUGCAACACUUCGACGCAUAAGCCCACUUUUUGCAAGAUCUUACACGACGAACUUUGCCCAGCCUACCGGCGUCCGGAUCGUGGAGGUUGGCCCCCGUGAUGGCCUUCAGAAUGAGCUCACCAUCUUGCCAGCCGCUACCAAGAUUAAAUUGAUCAACGAUCUCUCGGAUACAGGGCUACGUACGAUCGAAGUCACCAGCUUCGUUAGUGCCAAGUGGGUGCCCCAGAUGGGCGAUAAUGUGGAAGUGCUUAAGGGCAUCAACAAGUUACCUGGCAUCAGCUAUCCAGUGCUGACACCGAAUUUGAAAGGAUUUGAGGCGGCGUUGGCAGCUGGAGCAGAAGAGGUUGCCGUUUUUGGAGCAGCCUCUGAAAGUUUCACCAAGAAGAACGUAAACUGUUCAAUCGCAGAAAGCUUGAGUCGUUUCCAGGACGUUAUGAAUGCCGCCAAAAAAGCCCAAGUUAAAGUGCGGGGGUACGUCUCCACUGUAGUCGGCUGUCCAUACGAAGGUAAGAUAAAGCCAUCCGCCGUUGUUCGCGUUGUGGACAAACUUAUGGAGAUGGGUUGCUACGAAGUCUCGCUUGGUGAUACCAUCGGUGUGGGAACGCCAGGAUCAUUUUCGGCGAUGCUUCGGGAAGUUACCAAGAUUGCGCCGGUCAACAUGUUGGCCGUCCACUGCCACGAUACGUACGGCCAAGCUUUGCCAAACAUUUUGACAUCGUUGGACUUCGGUAUCGCUGUGGUAGAUUCGUCUGUAUCCGGCCUGGGUGGGUGCCCGUACGCCAGAGGUGCCUCGGGAAAUGCUGCCACCGAAGAUGUGGUGUAUAUGUUGCAUGGAUUGGGAAUAGAAACCGGAAUCGAUUUACUGAAGCUGGUAAAUGUUGGCAAGUUUAUAUGCGAACAACUGGGAAGGCAAUCCGAGUCGAAGGUUAAUAGAGCCAUGAGGAAAACAAAUCCCAAUGCUGCAUGCUAGAAAUCGGCUGAUAUUACAAUAUACUAAUGCGUUACGGAAGAAACCACUGACGGGUACAGUCUGAAACUUGUGCAUUUAUUUAGAUAAAUAAGGAAAAACUGUGCCAGAUAUAUUUUUUGACAAUUCUUAAAAUGAAAUAAAAAUACGUAGCAUUUUUACAUA